AUCACUGCUCCCAGAGCCAAUAGCUCCCAUCAUGCAAUGCUGCAAUGUAGCCUGUGGGGAUGGCAGCUCCCAGAAUGCACUGCUUCAUCUGAGGUUUGGCCUUUGAAAGGGUCAUACUCUGCUGGAACCCAUGGAGCCCCUGCGCCCGGCCCCCCCAUGGACGCCAUGGAGCCCGUCUGCCUGGUAGAGCCGGUGCCCAGCUCUGGAGCCCUGCGGGUGAACCCGGCUGCCCUGGGCCUGCUCCGGGUCCUCGCCCGGCCCCUCCACGUCCUCGCCGUCUUCGGGCCCCGCAGCACCGGGAAAUCCUUCCUCCUGGACCGGCUGGUGGGGCAGGGCGAAGGUUUCCCCCGCUCCCCGGGGAUCUGGGUGUGGUGCCUGCCCCACCCGACUCAGCCCGACCAGGCCCUGGUGCUGCUGGACACGGAAGGAUUCUCCGAGCAAGAGGGCGAGGAGACGAAGCUCUCCCGACUCUUCCUCCUGAACGUGCUGCUCAGCAGCGUCUUUGUCUAUAACAGCAGGAGUGAGGGCGACCCCCAGAGGCAGCUCGACCGCCUGACGUGCGUGAGGGAUCUGCCCCGGGUGGUGCGCGUGCUGGACGAGUGCCCCUGGGAGAACAGCUUCCUGCUGAGCAGCGUGCUGCCCGACUUCGUGUGGUGCCUGCGGGACGUGGCGCCCGACCCCUGCCUGGACGAGGUGCUGGAAGCCACGGACCACGAGCUGGACUCGGCUCUCAGCUCCCCGCAAGAUUCGGAGGACUCCCCGUCCAGCUGCGUACAGAGGUUCUUCCCCUGCCGGAAGCUGUUCCGUUUCUGCUCCCCCCGAGGGGAUGGAGGGCAGGGCGAGCCGCCGUCUCCCGCAGGCCAGCUGCACCCCAUGUUCCAGGAGCAGAUGGGGCGUUUUAAGGACUACGCCCUGAGCCGGAGCCCUAAGACUGUGGUGGGGAACAGAGCGGUUGAUGGGGCCUUCCUGGCUGAUUUCCUGGAGCGCAUCGUGGACCUGCUGUGCCGGGAUGAGCCCGUUUUCUUGAGUGAGAUCUGCAAUGGCCUGCAGCAGGAAGGCAGCAAUGACUCCGUGGGGUACCCAGUGGACCCCAUGGGGGGCGCCCCACCCAGCAGAGCAGCAGCCAGCACUGCCCAGCCCCCGGUGCCGGAGCCCAAGAGGGAACACGUGGUCCCGCUUCAGGCGUCUCGACCCGCCCUGCCGGUCCUGGCCAAGGGUGCCCCCGGCACGGCACAGCCAGGCGCCAUGGAGGAGCCGAUGUGCCUGAUCGAGAACAGCCGGGACGGGGAGCUGCAGCUGAACCAGGCAGCCCUGGCCCUGCUCCAGAGCGUCCGCCAGCCCGUGGUGGUGGUGGCCAUCGCCGGGCUGUACCGCACCGGCAAGUCCUACCUCCUGAACCGACUGGCCGGCAAGGACCGGGGAGGGUUCUCGCUGGGCUCCACCAUCCAGUCGCACACCAAGGGCAUCUGGAUGUGGUGCCUGCCCCACCCCUGCCGGGCCGGCCACACCCUGGUGCUGCUGGACACGGAGGGGCUGGGCGACGUGGAGAAGGGCGACACCAAGAACGACACGUGGAUCUUCGCGCUGGCCGUGCUGCUCAGCGGCACCCUGGUCUACAACAGCCUGGGCACCAUCGACCAGCGCGCCCUGGAGCAGCUGCACUACGUGACGGAGCUGACGGAGCGCAUCAAGGUGAAGGCGGCAGGCGAGGGCGGCCGGCAGGAGGGGGAGGAUUCGGCCGAGUUCAUGCGGUUCUUCCCGGCCUUCGUGUGGGCCGUGCGGGAUUUCACGCUGCAGCUGGUGCUGGACGGGCGGGAGAUCACCGAGGACGAGUACCUGGAGAAUGCCCUGAAACGCAGACAAGGCCAGCCCGAGAAGCUGGAUCUGCCCAAGAAGUACCUGCGCCAGUACUUCCCCUCCCGCAAGUGCUUCGUGUUCGACCGCCCGGCCCCGCGCCGCGACCUGGCCCGGCUGGACCAGCUCCCCGAGGCAGCGCUGAGCCCCGACUUCCUGCAGCAGGCGCAGCGCUUCUGCAGCCACGUCCACCAGCAUGCGGGCACCAAAACCCUCCCGGGCGGCCACGUGGUGACGGGCACCUUGCUGGGGAACCUGGCGGUGACCUACGUGGACGCCAUCCGCAGCGGGGCGGUGCCCUGCAUGGAGAGCGCGGUGCUGGCCCUGGCACAGAUCGAGAACUCGGCGGCGGUGGGGGAGGCCGUGGCUGCCUACGAGGAGCAGCUGGGGCGGCGGGCGGCGCUGCCCACGCAGAGCGUGCAGGAGCUGCUGGAGCUGCACGCCCAGUGCGAGCAGGAGGCGCUGCGGGCGUUCAUGGCGCGUGCCUUCAAGGACGAGGAGCAGCAAUACCAGCGCCAGCUGAAGGACGAGCUGGACUCCAAGCGCGCUGAGCUCUGCCGCCGGAACGAGCAGGCAUCGUCGGACCGGUGCACGGCCGCGCUCUUGGAGCUGUCGCAGGAGCUGGAGGAGCGGCUCUGCGAGGGGAGCUACUCGGAGCCCGGGGGCUACCAGCGCCUCCUGGACGACCAGCGGGAGAUGGUGGAGAAUUACCAGCUGGUGCCAGAGAAAGGGAUCAUGGCGGCCGAGGUGCUGCAGCAGUUUCUGAAGUCCAAGGAGACGGUGGCCCAGGCCGUCCUGCAGACGGACCUGAGCCUCACGGACAAACAGAGGGAGAUUGAAGUGGAGCGGGCGCGGGCCGAGGCGGCCGAGCAGGAGGCCCAGCUGAGCCAGGAGAUGCAGGCCAGGACGGAGCAGCUGCUGCAGGACCAGGAGCGCAGCCACCAGGAGCACGUCCAGCAGCUGACGGCCAAGAUGGAGCAGGACAGGAGGCAGCUGCUGGCCGAGCAGGAGACAGCGCUGGCCCUGAAACUGCAGGAGCAGGAGCGGCUGCUGCGCGAGGGGCUCCAUGGGGAGGUGGCGCAGUUGCAGCAGCAGAUGCAGAACCUGAGGAAGGAGAUGAGCCGGCCCCCGCGCUCCCGCUGCGUCGUCUGCUGAGAACAGAGAGCCAGAGGCCUCGGGGAGCAGGGCUGGGCUGGCUCCCCUCCCACCAGCCUGUCUGAGAUGUGGGGGUGCUGGCCAGAGCCAACCACUAGGGUCCUGGUCCGUUUGCGGGUGACUUCGCACUGAGUGAUGCUUGUUGUUUACUGAGAUUUGAUACUGGAAAGCUGUACACACUGGUGUAUUAUUGUAGGGUCUCUCAUAAACACUGCACCUGCUGCUUGCCCUGGAGUGCUACUGUGGGGUCUCUUAGGUAUUGGGCCCUACCAAAUUCACAGGCCGUUUUGAUCACAGCCAGAGGCUUUUAAAAUUGGUCAGUUUCACGUUUUUAGCUGUUUACAUCUGAAAUUUGCUGGCAGUGCUGUGAGCCUGGGGGUCCCGAGCCGGGGCACCUGGAGGUGGGUCUGAUCUUCCCGAGAGUGGCCACGCAGGGGAAGAAGUCCUGUCCCACCCCAGCCAAUGCGGGAAUUCCAGCGGGAGCCCCCCAGCUGGGCGUGCCCAGUAGCACGGGGGAGAUCAGGGCUAUUGCACGGUCCGGGACUUGUGUUUCAGGGCUGUGAAGUUGGUAGGGCCCUGCUUAUGUAAUCUGCUGCUGCUGCUGCUGGUGCAUGCCCUGGUGUGUUAUUGUAGGGUCUCUUGUAACCCUGCUGGUGCUACAUGCAGUGCUGUGUUAUUGUAGGGUCUCUUGUAAACCCUGGCCCUGGCGUGUGCCCAGACGUGUUAUUGUAGGGUCUCUGCUAUGUUACCAGAUUGGCUUGUUACUUUGGGGUAGGCUCAUUUAUUCGAGUUACUCUUCUGGGGGGGGUUCUGUCAUUCUGCCAAUGUGCUGCUUGUGUCACGGGUGUUCUCGUACGGAGCUGGGCUGCUCCCUGCUGCAAGGGCCCUCCCCAUGGAGCUGUUCCCAGGGCUGCGUCCCUCCAGCCCCAGAACCAGACAGAGCAGGGCUGCCCAGAGGAUUCGGGGGCCUGGGGCACAGCAAUUUGGGGGGCCCCUUCCAUAAGAAAAAGUUGCAAUGCUAUAGAAA